AUCGACUCUAGCAUUUUCUUUACACAAAAUAUCAAAUUUAAUAUGAAAUCUUAUUUAAAUUUAUAUGAAUGUUAUUUUCUGUCCAUGAAAAUAUAAAUAAAAUAGUCCAUUAAUUUUAAUUGAUUUUAUACUAAAUUAUACUAUUUUGUAAUAUCUAAACCUGCAAAAAAUAGUUUACUUAUUUUAUAAUUUUCAUAAAUCAUUUGAGUGUUUUAAUCAAUAAUUUGAUUUAUUAAGAAAUUUGAAAAGAUUAAUACAAAGUUAAUAAAAAGGUGGGACCUAAUGUUUUGGACACAAGAUUGUGAGCUCCGUCAGAGGUAAAUCUAGAAGGGGAAUGUCAUAUGACCCUUGGGUAAAGGUGGGUUACGGAUCCCUUUGACUGUUUGAAAUGGAAGGAGAAAUCAGAUUAAUUAUUGUGUUUGAAAAUAUAUCUAGUAGUAUAAUAUUGUUUUCUAUGAUUAAUUUUAGUGAAAUUAUAGUAUUUUCAUUAAUUACUGAAGAUAUUUUAUGUAAUAUAACAUAUGACUAAAUGUUAUAUCCAAAUUGUAAUACUGUUAUAAUAAGAUUGGUUAUUGUGUUGUUUGGAAAUAUAUGUAGUAGUAUAAUAUUGUUUUCCAUAAUUAAUUUUGAUGAAAAUAUAGUAUUUUCAUUAAUUACUAAUGAUAUUUUAUGUAAGAAAAAUACCAUAGGAUAUCACUAACAACGUUUAUGUCACAAAUAUAGAUUUUAAGGAUCAAAAUGACCAAAAUAUUUCAUUAAAGAGGUAAAUAUACAAUAUAUUCAUAGGGUUAACUAAUUCAAAACUUAAGGUUUAGAGUUAAGGGUUGGAGAUUUGAGAUUGAGAUUUAAAAUUUUAUAAAAUAAAAAAUAGGGAAUUUGCACUAGAUAACAAAUAAAGGGAUAUAAAUUAGCUAACAGGUAAUGGUACUGUAUAAAUUGUGGUAAUACCAAGCGUGCCCCUAAUAUACGACCUGUUACACGUUACACGUGAGUUGAACACACUGUUUAUUACCACAAAUGCAAAGAACUGAAGAGAGAAAGAGAGAGAGAGAGAGAGUGUGAUAAUAAUGCAAAGAAUCAAGAAUGCUCAACUACUAUUUUUCUUUCCUGCAAAAAUCCAAAGCGCUUAGAUAUAUUUUAUAUGUUAAAAGAUCGUCUCGUUUUAAAAAGUUAAACUCAUUCUCUAGUUGUGUCUAAAAUUUAUAGAAUUUAUAACCGGUUAUAGAUCUGAUGUUUCGGUUUUAUAGAAUUUAUAACCGGUUACUGAUUCCAAUAUGAACUUCAUGCAACAUAUGUGUCUAAUAUAGGAUCGCAAUAAAUUAUUGCUCCUAAAUCCGGUUUCAAUAUGUAUGUACGCCAACUAUGUCAAAUUAUAACCGGCUGCCCCUAAUAUAUGACCUGUUACACGUUACACGUGAGCUGAACACACUGUUAAUUACCACAAAUGCAAAGAACUGAGGAGAGAAAGAGAGAGAGAGAGAGUGUGAUAAUAAUGCAAAGAAUCAAGAAUGUUCAACUACUAUUUUUCUUUCCUGCAAAAACCCAAAGCGCUUAGAUACAUUUUAUAUGUUAAAAGAUCAUCUCGUUCUAAAAAGUUAAACUCAUUCUCUAGUUGUGUCUAAAGUUUAUAGAAUUUAUAACCGGUUAUAGGUCUGAUGUUUCGGUUUUAUAGAAUUUAUAACCGGUUACUGAUUCCAAUAUGAACUUCAUGCAACAUAUGUGUCUAAUAUAGGAUCGCAAUAAAUUAUUGCUCCUAAAUCCGGUUUCAAUAUUUAUGUAUGCCAACUAUGUCAAAUUAUAACCGGUUGCUCCUAAUAUACGACCUGUUACACGUUACACGUGAGCUGAACACACUGUUAAUUAUCACAAAUGCAAAGAACUAAGGAGAGAACGAGAGAGAGAGAGAGAGAGAGUGUGAUAAUAAUGCAAAGAAUCAAGAAUGUUCAACUACUAUUUUUCUUUCCUGCAAAAACCCAAAGCGCUUAGAUACAUUUUAUAUGUUAAAAGAUCGUCUCGUUCUAAAAAGUUAAACUCAUUCUAUAGUUGUGUCUAAAAUUUAUAGAAUUUAUAAUCGGUUAUAGAUCUGAUGUUUCGGUUUUAUAGAAUUUAUAACCGGUUACUGAUUCCAAUAUGAGCUUCAUGCAACAUAUGUGUCUAAUAUAGGAUCGCAAUAAAUUAUUGCUCCUAAAUCCGGUUUCAAUAUGUAUGUACGUCAACUAUGUCAAAUUAUAACCGGUUUUCUACAUAUAUUGAUCUUCCUCUCCACUUGCAAUCAAAAUACAUUUUGUUCUUCAACCCCGGUAACAGGUAAACAUUUUCGUCUCAGUUCGAGGAGAAUAUUGGCAGCACUAGGGCUGGGAAAAUAAACCGAACCCGAAAACCCGAACCGAACCCGACCCGAUAAAAAUGAAUCCGAACCGAUCCGAACCCGACAUAAAUACCGAAUGGAUCUUGUUUUAUGGUAUUUUGGGUUAUGAGUAUUAUCCGAACCGAACCCGAACCUAAAUGGAUACCCGAUAGAACCCGAAACAUUCAAAAUUUCCAAAAAUAACUUGUACCAAACAUGAUCUCAAUUCCUAAUAUGUAUUAAAAAUAUAUUGAACAUUUAAAAUAAUUAUCUAUUAUAUGAAGAUUGAUGAUUGAAUGUGGCGGUUGAAGGUUGAAGUUUUUAGAUUUGGAUUUUGUUUUCAUUUCAUAAUGUUUUUCAUUUCAUGAGAACUUGGUUUUCGUUUUAUUUUUUCAUUUAUUUGGUUUUCUUUCGAUCAAUAACUAUGUUUACCUUUUACUUGAUUUUGAAUGAUCACAUUUGAAGUUUCUUUCUUUUUUUGAACCGAAUUUAUUUAUGUUUUGAUUACAAAAUAUGUACAAAUCAAGUAUUUUAAAACCAAAUAACCAAUUUUACUUACUUUUUGGUUACAAAGUAGAUAUAAAUCAAGUACAUUUAAACUGAAGAACCGAUUGGAACCCGAACCCGAAAGUACAGCGGGUUGUACCGGUUCUUUAAAGAUUUACUAAACCCGACCCGAACCCGAUAGAACCCGAACCGGUCUCGAACCGAAUUUUCAUAUAAUCCGAAUGGGGCUGAUUUUGAUAAACCCGAAAAACCAAAACCCGAUUGGACUAAACCGAAAACCGAUUGGGACCCCGAAUGCCCAGGCCUAGGCAGCACAGCACAAUUGUUACAUGGUUAUGCAAAUAUUUAAAAAUAAUACAUAGAUCUGCAAUUACCACAAGAAAUUUGUAUAUUCAGCUAAAUAUGCCUAAAAAUAAAUAUUAAAAAUUUAAAAUUUGAAAAUAAAAACUUAAAAAAGAAUUACAAAAAGAAAUUUUGAAAAAAGACGAUAUAACAUAUAAACCCUUCAACAAAUCAAGAACAGCAAGAACAACAAGAAAGACGAUAAAGGCUUAGCUAGUAUACGAAAAUGGUCGUGUUUUUUUUCCGGUCAAGUGAGAGGUUAAUUGUCUUAUACUGUUCUUUGAUCGAAAGAGGUCAAUUGGCUUCUACUGAUAUUUGACCGAGAGAAGUAAAGGUUGUUGCCUAAUUUAUUUGAAAUUAAAUCACAGUAAAUCAGUAAAUUAAACAAGGAGAAUCUGUUGGUAUUUGUCUUAGUAACUCUUAUUAAAUUUAUGUCCAUAUCUAUUUUAUACACAUUUUGAAAACUUAGGAAACUUUUUUAUUUGUUCAACAACCAAAGAACUUUUUACUCAAUAAAAGGGCAAUCUCACAAAUCAGAAACGAUUCACCAACUUUCUUUUCUUUUUGUAGCUCUCAGUAUAACAAAAUGAAUAAGUUUAUGAAAUUAUUCUCAAUUUUCUUGUUCAUCCAAAUCCAAAUAGCCUUGUCUCAACCAAAUCUUAUACAACAACUCUGCAAAAGAAACCGUUAUCAACCCCUAUGCGUCUCUACUCUCAAUCUUGAUCCUAGAAGCAAAACUUCAGAUCUCCAAGGGCUUGCGUCGAUCUCUAUCGAUGCGACGACAAAGAAAACGAACGAUACGUUAACUUAUCUCAUCUCCGAGUUACGGCGCACUGGAGGAGAUCGCACAGCUUUUGAGAAGUACGGAACUUGCGUUGAUCAGGAUUACGGUGCGUCUACUGGUAGGUAUUUGCCGGGGGCUUUGGCUAAUCUACAGGCUAAGAAGUACUCUGCUGCGAUAGCUAACUUGCAAGACGUUGUGAGGGCGUCAGGUGAUUGUGAGAACCAGUUCGCCGGAAGUUCUCCAUUACCGGUGAGCCAACGUAACAAAGCCGUUCAUGAUAUUGCCGAUAUGACUACUGACAUCAUCAAAACUUUUGUCUAGUAUUUUUUUUUUGCUAUAAACGUUGCAAAAAUUUAGAGGCAAAAUUAAAAAGAAAAAUCAAUAAAAGCGAAUAAGAUUAUGCAGUUUCCAGUUUAUAUUCAUCAUAGUUUUGA